GAAUAUGGUGGAGGUUCUAAGAAAAAGCAGGGCAGGAUUUGAGCCGGAAAGUGAGGUGGACAGCUGACCUUAGGCCGCUUUAUCUUUACAGACAGAUCAGUCGAUCAGAGUCGCUCGAAAGUAGGCCUUUGUUUAUCCUGCGCAACGCCAGCUUCCCUGAACUCGAAGAAUCGCAACUUCACCACCUAGAUUUCACACACAUCCGCGGACAUGGAGGAGCAAGUAGAAAGACUGGUCAAGAAGACAUGGGCAAAGUUCCAGAAGGUUCCCCGGUCCAAGAGGCUGAUGAUCGCCGUAUCUGGCAUACCCGGUUCAGGCAAGACAACCCUCGCAUCUGUAGUCGCAAACCGAUUGAACCAGCUUCACCACGAACAAACUCCCGCUUUGGCGCAAAAUGAUGAGCUUGCUGCUUUCAUCCCAAUGGACGGCUACCAUUUGUCGCGAGCACAGCUAGAUGCUAUGCCUGAUCCAAACACCGCCCAUGCGAGACGUGGCGCCGCUUUCACCUUUGACGCGUCCUCUUUCUUGGAGCUCGUCAAGAAGCUACGACAGCCAAUCUCGCCCGAGACAAGAACUUUGUAUGCUCCAUCUUUUGACCACGCCCAGAAAGAUCCUGUCAACGACGAUAUUCCUAUCCACCCUGAAGCACGUAUCCUGAUAUUCGAGGGCAACUAUCUGAGCUUGGGCACGGGUGCGCCUGAGUGGAAAGAGGCAGCGGAGCUCAUGGACGAGCUUUGGUUUGUCGAGGUGGAGGAGGAUGUAGCAAGGGAGCGACUGGUGAAGCGUCACAUUGAGGCCGGCAUCGCCAAAGAUGAAGACGAAGCGCGCAAGAGAGCCGACGAGAAUGAUCUCGUCAAUGGUCGCGAAAUCGUACAGAACAGACUCAGCGUGCACGAAGUGAUCAAGUCAAAGGACGAUGGCAGCUGGAAGCCAGAGAAUCAAGGCAUGGAUGCUGCCGAAGUGAGCAGAGAGGCAUAGACCAUGGUUAAGACGGAUCGCAUGAUGCAUUCAUGAUCUAGACAAUCUUAGAAUUUCAGGUUAGAUGAGCAAACAACUGUGGCUUAACGGUUCUCUCGCUUUCUGUGUCGUACUCGGUCGACUUUUCCAUGAUUUUGGGACGGUUUGGACCAUCACGAUCUCGCAAUUGUUUGCGGGUAAUGACGCCCCG